AUGUCUCAUGGAGGAGCAACACGGUACUCACAGUACGUUACCGGUCCGGCAGGUCCACAGGUUCAACCACAAUCGGCCGGUAGUGGGAAAUCUGCCAACCAAACCUCAUCAUCCUCACUGACGACGCAACAGCAGCCACCGGUACCAUCACUUCCCUUCAUGCGGCCACCAAUGUUGGUCACGUCAUCGGGUGCCUCAAUGCUACCACCACCACCGUGCCCCCAAACACCACCCACCACGACGGGUGGUGGGCUUCCGAAAUAUCCCGGCUCACCUAUCGGCAGUUUGUCCGGUUCCGAUACGGACGUUUCGACCUCGAACGAAAACCUAUCGCGUGAGGAACGGUAUGUGCUGAGCCAUGCACGGGUAGAGCCGCAGGGAGAGGAAAAUUUGCAGGGAAAUGUCACACCGGUGAAUGAGAUCCAAGGACGAUUCAUUGGAGAUAAGUUUUCCUCAAACACAUCGUCGGAUUCGACGCGUUAUGCCACACCGACCGGAGGCAGCAGCAGUCGGAGUAUGUCGGAAACGCGCGGUGGCGGUAGCGUGUACGCCAACAUCGGGAACGGCCCUGAUGCCACUUCGAACCGUAGUUCGAUGGCAGGAUCGAACCGGAACUCGCUGAAAGAACCGAACUCGAACCGUUCGUCGAUGGAUGUGUCCCAAUCGUCGUACAAUACGCUCAUCAUCCAUGACGACAUCUAUAGCUCGGUUACCUCGUCUGGGCGCGAAUAUGCGGGCAGUCCGCCACCCUACAUGAAGAAGGAGCGACCCCGAUCGUACGGUGAAGCGGCACCGGUUGCCCCCAUGCAGGACAUAUCGGAAAUCAACGAAGAGUACAUUAACCAAAGCCACGUGCUAAAGCAUCUGGCCAAGGAGGUGAAACUGUCGCGCGUCAACGCACGCAACAGCCGCCAGCAAUCGAGCGGUGGGUCAUCGAACGCAUCCGCUGUGGAUGGUGAGAAGAAAAUCGCAACCGGUAAUAAGGGUGAUAGCAGCAGCAGCAGCAGCAGCAGACAGGGUCGGCGUGGCAGUGAAACUGCGGCGGGCGGUGGCAAAAACAGUGCAAAACUGAAAAGCAAAAGCCAACCCGAUCUGACCCGCCUGUACGACAUCGAUCCGGAGGAGGUGGAAGCGUUGGUAAAGGAGAAUCAAUUGCUCAAGCAGCAGUUGAACAAUUGCUAUCUGAAGGUUGCCAAAAGUCAAAAGUUGGAACAGGAAAUAGCAAACAUUUAUCGAGUGCACGAAGAGUUGGUGCAGUCCUGCGAUCGACGGGAGCGUUUGGAGCGUGCGGCACGUACUCGACUGCAGCAAGAUUGCCGAAGGCUGCAGGAAUUGAACCGAGCGUUCCGUGACCAGGUCGAGGUAUACCAGAGCCAGCUGCAUGCGUCAUCCGAUCAUCAGCUCGGUCGAACACAGCAGGACGUACUCAUCUCACAGCUAGUGAAUCAAAAUAAAUCGCUUAUCGACGCAAAUCGACGACAGUGUAUCGAACUGCAGGCACAGAAUGCGACGUUGGAAGAGCAGCGCAUCCACAUCAAUGUGCUCGAUACCGCACUGAAGCGUCUCGAGGAAGAGUGCCGACAGAAGCAGGUGUACGUGGAGCGUUGCGCACAGCUGCAACAUGCACUACAAUCACUGCAGAACGCAAGCGAACGGCGCGAACAGGCCGAGCGCAAGUUGCGCAUCGACUACGAUAACGAUCUGCCGAACCGAAGUGGUAGCAGUACCAACAGCGAAACGGAUAACCUUAAAUGGCAGUUGCGGGAGAAGGACGCGCAAAUAUUACGAUUGGAAGCCGAAUGUGCACAGCUAGAGCAGCGCAAUCUGGAAGAAUCGAAUGUGCGCAAUGUAGCGAAAUUGGCCAUGGAGCGAAACUCACAAGAAACCGAGCGUAUUCUUGCCGAAGCGAAGCAGGAAAAGAUUCGUUACCUCGACGAAGCGCACGCUGCCAAUCGGAAGGUGACCGAACUGCAAACACGGCUGAAGCUGGUAGAGAACCGGCUGGCCGAGAAGGAUGCUAUGAUACGUGCCUACCAGGGGCAGAAAAUUUACGGCGGCUCUACAAACUCCUACGGAUCGUACAACCUAUCGUCGGAUAGCUUCGCACUGAAUCCACUGGGAGCGUACAACUCACAGGCGUCGUACGUGGACGUGUCGAGCGGCGCCUUUGACGUAACUACCGGUUCCGGUGGUUCGCUGCUCGACCCAUCGUCCGUCGUCGUGGGUCCAUAUGGUCCUGCGGGGACGGCAGCGGUGGUGUCCAGUUACGCGUCCUCUUACGGCCCGUCCGCCACCAACCCUUCCUCCUUUGUCCAGAGCUCACUGAAUCUACCGACCGGUGGCGCCGGUGGUAGUGGCGGCAGCAGCGGCAGCGGCGUUGGCGGCGGAAGCGGUGCCAACGGAGGAUCCGGUGUCGUUGGUCCCUACUCGUCACCGGGUAGCAGCAGCACCACCUCGAACUACAGCAGCUCGGCCAACUUCGGUGCCGGCAGUGAGCACACGAUCUACGAUAGCAAGAGCUACGACGCGCAGCGCAAAUCGAUCGACGAUCAACUCAAGCAGCUCGACGAGCAGUUGCUCAGCAAGCGGGGACUCUGCUGCUUCCCUAGCCUGACGACAAAAAAACCGAUCCAAUCGCUGCUGGCUGACGAAGUGUCUGUUCUUUCCACGAACAAUAGCGAAACGUUUCUACAGAACCUGGCACACAUCGGAUCGGACCGACGUUCGGAGCAACCACCGGAUCAGCUCAGCAAUGGGAACGGCCAGAAGGCAGACGAUAUGGUACUGCUGGAGAAACAGGGCCGAUGCUCGCAAAAGCUUCGAGGCGGUAGCAGUUCGUCUAGCGGAACCUUAGGCAACCUGGCACACGUGUCACAAGCGGUGGGACAAAACAUGACCGAUAUCAGCAACAUUGGUGGAUCUGGAGGGGCGGGCGAUAUUUCCAGCUCGGGUGGCUCGGGUGUGUCCAGCACUGGCAAUAAGGUUUCGAAGAUGUUGUCUGGCGUUUCGCAACAGGUCACGCAACGUGGAUCGUCUCUACCACCGAGCGCACUGCCAAGGCCGCCCCGGAACUUGAAACCACCGCGAAAGAUCGAGUACGGCCGGCUAAGUGACGGAGGCAGCGACGGUGGGAAGAAAACGCGCGCCACAACACCUCCUUCGCCGGCGUCUUCCUCGGGUGCUAGCCAGAGUGGCGGCAGCCUAAAGCGAACCGGGCGAGAGUUUUCACCUGCCAAAGGCAGUUACGUGGAAAUGAAGGACACGCUGCAGCUAACCAAAGACUACCAGGGUGGUGGCGCUACGUUAAAACACAAAUCAUACGGCUCAAUGACGACCGUGGGUUCUGGUGGUGGUGUUGUCAGUGCGCAGCAGUCCGUGGCUAAGUUUGGCUUUGGAUCUUCCAAAUCCGGCACGGGAGUGUCCGGACCGUCCGGUGAUUAUCCUUCGAAGAAAAACUACCAACGGCUGGAGGACCAAUCUCCGACAAGUUCCACAGCGGCAACGACAACGUCAUUAGUGCAUCGCCACAACAACAGCUCCUCACAGUCGUCUCAAUCGCGCAAAAGCUCCGGAGACUCGGGCACCCUCAAACGAUCGCUUCUGCCUAAUACCGGACGCAAGCCGAACGUUUCCUCCGCUGGUAUGCCCAAGGGUGGUGGAUCUCGCGAUUCACUAAAUUCCGCCUCGUCCGGUUCGAACCACUCGAAUGUUGGGCCAGCACGCUCCAGCCCACAGCCACAUCCCGCCGGUUCGGGAUAUCUUCCGCAGCAGCUGGCUUCUCGCACGCCACCCCGCUUUCUGCAGCAGCAGCACCAUCAUCAACAUCAUCACCAACCGUCUACCUCGGUGGAAUCGAACAAAUCGCAUUCAAACUACCACAGCAUGCCGACAACGGCCCAAAGUGUGCAACAGUUCCACCAUGGAUUCUUUGCCAAGUUCCCCUCACCACACGCCGGUUCACCGGUAAGAGCCGUCCAUCAGCCGAUCCAACAGCAUCACCCAAAAACGUCUUCCUCGCUACCGAGCUCCAGUAUUCUGCAUGCCGCCGCCAGCUCGUCGGCAACAUCGGCGAUCGGGCAAGCAUCGACCGCCUCUCUUCCACCGAAACCGUCCAUGCUGGACAAGAUGGUUGGAGGGUCGUCCAGUUCGGGUGGCGCUAGUCAGCAGCACCAGCAGCAGCAACAACAGCGACGGGGCAACAGUUUGGCACGGGUAGAGAAUAAAUACCGCAUUCAAUUUUAG